UUAGCGUACGUCGGUAGAGAUGAGAGGAGUACUUAUGUAAUGAUUCCAAGGACUCCUGGAGGGUUUUUACUUUCAUUCAGCCAACGCACUGGACACCUGACACUGCAUGAAUAUGAGAGACUGUUCACAGGGUCGAGGACUGCUCAGGUCGCGCCUUAAGAUGUCGGAGGGCCUGGAUUCAAGAACAAGCUUCGCUUCCUGUCCAUGCCUUCCUAAAAUGCAACUUUCCUUGUGAUCAAGGUGCGAGGGGGUCUCGAUCACACGCUGGGACUCCAUGGCCAGCCUUUCCGCCCUGACGCUGCAGAUGGACGUGCCGGGAGCAUGAGCGUGGGAAGGAUCAACCGCUACAGCAUCGUGUCGUCUGAGGAAGAGGGCCUCCGCCUCACUACCAUGCAUGGCGUGAACGGCUUUGGCAAUGGCAAGAUCCACACGCGCCGCAAGUGUCGCAAUCGAUUUGUCAAGAAGAACGGCCAGUGCAACGUGCAGUUUGCCAACAUGGACGACAAGUCGCAGCGGUACUUGGCCGACAUAUUCACCACGUGCGUGGAUAUUCGCUGGCGCUGGAUGCUGGUGGUCUUCACUCUUGUGUUUGUCGUUUCCUGGCUGGUCUUUGGUUUGGCAUUUUGGGUCAUCGCCUUACUGCACGGGGAUUUGGAUAACCCGGCCGGAGAUGACAACUUCACCCCGUGUGUCCUCCAAGUCAAUGGAUUUGUGGCUGCCUUUCUGUUCUCCAUUGAAACACAGUCCACCAUCGGCUAUGGCUAUCGAUGCGUGACUGAGGAGUGUCCCGUGGCGGUCUUCAUGGUGGUGUUCCAAUCUAUAGUGGGCUGCAUCAUUGACUGCUUCAUGAUUGGUGCCAUCAUGGCCAAGAUGGCAAGGCCCAAGAAGCGAGCGCAAACGCUGUUGUUUAGCCACAAUGCUGUCAUUGCAAUGCGAGAUGGAAAACUGUGUCUCAUGUGGCGGGUCGGAAACCUUCGCAAGAGCCACAUUGUGGAGGCCCACGUGAGGGCGCAGCUCAUCAAGCCCCGGAUCACCGAUGAAGGGGAGUAUAUUCCUCUCGACCAAAUAGACAUCAAUGUGGGUUUUGACAAAGGCCUGGACAGGAUUUUCUUGGUUUCGCCCAUCACUAUUCUCCAUGAAAUAGAUGAGGAGAGCCCCCUUUUCGGCAUCAGCAAACAGGACCUAGAGACAUCUGACUUUGAGAUCGUCGUCAUCUUGGAGGGAAUGGUGGAAGCAACGGCCAUGACCACUCAAGCUCGCAGUUCCUACCUAGCUUCCGAGAUCCUUUGGGGGCACAGGUUUGAGCCUGUCUUGUUUGAGGACAAGAACCUUUAUAAGGUGGAUUACGCUCACUUCCACAAAACCUAUGAGGUGCCGUCCACCCCUCGAUGCAGUGCCAAGGACAUGUUGGAGAACAAAUUCCUUGUUCCGACUUCAAACUCGUUCUGCUACGAAAACGAGUUGGCUUUCCUCAACCGCGAUGAGGAGGAGGCGGACGUCGGCGGCGGGAGCAGAGCACUGGCAAACCUCAGUCCAGAACGGAACAGCCGACACGAGUUUGACCGCUUACAGGCCACCAGAACUCUGGAUCAGAGGUCCUAUCGGAGAGAGUCUGAAAUAUGACCCCUGCUUAUAGAUCCGGGCUCUCCCGUCAGAGACUGUAAAAAUGCAGAACAAUGCAAAGUGCCAUAGGAAAUACUGGCUACAGUGCUAAAUCGACAGAACAAAGGUCACAUAAUUGGAGUGAAUGUUGCAAACUAAGAGAAUGGAGCUUAGAAAAUUGCGCUGAGGAAUGGCUACAAUCAAGGAAAAGUCUUGAGAAAGAACUUCAACCUUCGUGGAAACUUGAAUCCUUUUCACACGGUCACUUUGAGCGGAUUAUCAACGCUACCGAGCUAUGACAAAUUGACACCAUCCACUUUAAGGUGUAAAUACAUUUCUUAGUUGUGUGUGUGUUCUCUCAAUUUCUCAAAACCACCUCUCACAAAAGAAGAAUUCACUCCAUCAACUCGUUUCUUGAACACGACGUUCUGAUCGUGUGCGUAAUUUGCCGGACUUGCGUUCGGCGGAACGUUGGGAUUUGGUGCGCCGCGGCGGCGAGAUGCAAUGAGCCAUAAUCGGAGCCCGGCUCGCAGGUGGGCGAGAACGACGCUCAUCCGCGUUGUGACGCGGCCGGCGUCGUGUGAGACGGCGACGAUAUUUGCACUGCGAAGGGUCGGUUGAACAAAAAAAAAAAACAAAAAAAACAAACAAAAACGUACAGAAGUCAAAUGAAACAACGUUUUCAACCCCCCCCCCACACACACACACACACUUCCCCGGUGAAAAAGGAUUCUCAACUGUUAAUCCGUCAAAACGAGCACCUUACACUUUAUAAUCGUAUUUAAUUUUGAGCGUAAACUGAUAUGGGAGGGGGAAAAAAACGUUUCACAUUCCCACCAGAUAAUGUAUAUUUUUUCACAUUAUUUGAAAGUUUCCCCGACAAUUACAACAAUAAUCAACAAAACAUUUUUUUCUAUUUGCUCUUCAAACACAAAUCUAUGCAUACCGUUCACAAUGUCAGGGCAGAGAUGAGCUCAUAUUCAAAAUACUUGAUUCAAAAAUCCUUUCUAAAUAUGACAUUAUUAUCUUUUGAGCAAAAUAAUGGAAUUAUUACUUACUAGAUAUCUCACACAUAGUCAUACUAAGUACAUACACAUAUAGACAGGAUAUUGAAAGACACCCAAAUGUACUUAUUUGGCCUGAGAGUGGCUUCUGGUUGAAAAAGAUGCAAGAUUCAUAAUUAAUAAUUCCUGUUUAUAGCAUAUGACAUUACAUCCUACGGGCAACUGGACUUUAUCAAUAUGGUGACGCAGAAGAUGCAUUGGACCAAAGCCUGGGUGGAAGCAAUAAACACUGAAGCACAGCUUUGACUUUGUUUUUUCACAGCUUCUUUUGAAAAUAAUUCAUAUUAAAAUGUAUCGUUGUGAUGACUUGAUAACAGCAUACCCAAACAUUAGUGUUAUUAUAUAUUAACGAAGGUUUGGAUACAGUUUGGAUGCAGUAUGCUCCUAUGUAUUUGUUGAAAAAGAAGCUAGUUAGAAACAAACUUGACCAACUUAAACAUUGAACUUUUACAUAUUUCUAUAACAUAAAUAAUGUUCCAUUAAAAGAAAAAUGGACAAAAUGCUAAUACACAUUCAUCUGGCGUUAGAAAGUAGCUAUCAAUAACUAAUGUGUUAAUUGUAGACUUACAUUUGAGCGUGGAGCAAUAACGUGUAAAAUCCUUCCGAAGAAUAUAUAUAUUUGAUAUGAGUAUGGAAGAAAUACUAAAUUGAUAGUUCAGGAAGGGACCGUGAAAAGUUUGUCACGUCGGUCAGAAUGUCUAUAUUUUAAUUUCUCGUCACUUUAAAUCCCUUACAAUGUAGGGUACGCCAACUUGACAUUUAUUGGUCAAGUGUUGAUUUGAUUUGAUUUAAUUUUCUUUCCAAAGUAUGAAGUAUGAUAUAAAAACUAUUUUUCAGAGAACACGAGCUCGUUGCCUUCUGGGAAGGAUUUAAAUGCCGG